AAAAGCUUAGCGUUUCUUGUGCCUGCUGGCCCUCAUUCUUGAUUGGGAGCCAAUCCUUCAAAUCCUGAGGCGCAGCGCAUACCAAAAUAAGUUCUUGGGAAUGAUCACCGCCACGAUGAAAUGCUCCACAACGUUUUGAGGGCCAAAAAUGAGGGCCAACAUGGACAACUAUUUUCGGAGAGCCAAGUGAUCAGCCUUGUGGACAGUCUUCUUUGUUUUCUGCCUAUAGAUUAGUUCCUGCCGAUCCCUCAAUAAUUUUUUCUUUUUCGUUGUCGUGCGUUGCUCUUUCCUUCUCUCUUCACCACCUGAAUCAGAUCACCGAUGCGAUAUCCUUGUAAUUAUUUCAGGGACAUUGUGGAGACACAGAAACCCCCGUUGACGUCGCGAAACCGACAAAGAAGAAAGAAAGUACCUCAAGGUGGUUCCCAGGGGGCCGGCCUCUUCGGAACCAAACCGGCGGAUAAGAUAGCGCUGCCUGCUGCCCGCGGAUAAACAUCUCAAAAAGUAUUUACUCGUUCUAAUCACACUUUCUCACCACCUUUUGCUUCCUCAACCAACCGAGGCCUGUACUUAGUUUCAUUACAGGUCUCGUGAUCUGGAGCUAAAAUGGGCUGGCCAGUGUGUAACACGACACUGGAAGAGGGGACCAUUGUGGAGGAAGAUUUGUGGAAUGGCGGCAUUACCUUCCACCAACUCUGCGAGAUUGUUGGCGGCGUGUUCGCGCUCAUAGCCGCAGGGGUCUCCUUUUUCCUGAUUAUGUGCCAUGCCACGCAUUACAGCAAACCCAUUGAACAACGACAUAUUAUUCGAAUCCUCUUCAUGGUUCCGGUUUAUUCCCUCGUCGCAUGGCUCAGCAUCUAUUUCUACAGAAACUCGGUUUACUUCUCCGUGAUCGGCGAUUGCUACGAAGCGUUCGCAAUAUCUGCUUUCUUCGCCCUGCUCUGCCAUUACAUUGCGCCAGACUUGCGGAGUCAGAAGGAAUAUUUUCGCGGAAUUGACCCAAAGCCAUGGGUCUGGCCACUAACGUGGUUUCAAAAGUGUUGCGGAGGGGAACGAGGGGUAUGGAGGAUACCACGAAGCGGAUUGACUUGGUUUAAUAUCGUUUGGGUGUCUGUCUUUCAGUACUGUCUACUGCGUGUGCUCAUGACUAUCGUCGCGGUCAUCACGCAGCAUUUCGGUGUGUACUGCGAGGAAUCACUUAAUCCAGCCUUUUCUCACAUCUGGGUCAUGGCCGUCGAGUGUAUUGCCGUCACUAUUGCAAUGUACUGCCUGAUUCAGUUUUAUAUCCAGAUCAAAGAUGACAUUAGCCAGUACAGCCCCUUCUUGAAGAUUCUUUCGAUCAAGCUCGUGAUUUUCCUCUCUUUCUGGCAAAGCAUAUGUAUUAGCUUCCUAUUCUCCGCGGGAGCGAUCAAAGCCACAAAAACAAUAGCAGAACAGGAUCUGAAGGUGGGGCUUCCCAAGUUGCUUAUCUCUAUUGAAAUGGCUAUAUUUGCCGUCCUGCACCUAUGGGCCUUCUCGUGGAAGCCCUACUCGAUCGGAAACACUGCAGUCGAGGUGACCGACUUCUACGGAAAUGGCAAAGCAACCUACCAAGGUGGGCGUUGGGGCAUGAAGGCCCUUAUCGAUUGUCUUAAUCCUUGGGACCUCGUGAAGGCUAUUAGCCGCAGCAUACGCUGGCUUUUUGUAGGCCGGAAAAAGCGAAUGCUCGACCCUAGCUAUCGAACCCACGACGAAGCGAUUGGCCUUGACGGUGCUGGUGAAACCAAUGCGACAGCCUACCAAGGCGCGGGUGCAAUGAUGAGUAGUGGGCGACCAGGGCGCUAUACUCCCAAUGAGGAAGGGGAGGAUCUCCUUUCAAAUGCACAGCCGAAUCCAACAGCACAACCUGAAGGCGAUCUGGGAUUGAAUCCUCCAUCCUACGACGAUGUUGAUCAUGGCCACUACUACCCGUCUCACAACAGAUUGAGCAGCUCGGCCUUACUGGAUCCAGCGACCCACUCACCACGGCCGUACUCGCCGUAUGAUAACCCUUUCAACAACCCUUAUAUUGUUCCAUCCGACUCGGAAUCCGACCAUCACCACACGAGCCCUACAGCUUAUCACAACGCUCCUUACCCGCCGGAUGCCCUACAGGAACAACCGCCGAUGCCUAUACCUGAAUCGUAUCACCCUCCGUCCCAGGGUGGGGGCAGGACAACUCGGGAUGUCUAGCCAACCGUAGGCCUUUGAGCGCAGUGCAGCACUAAGUUCCAGCUUGAGCGCUCUAUGUUGAUCUCAUAUCAUGUGUAAUGAAGUCACAUGUUUGGCGUUGAUUCCAUGCAUGGCUUGCUUUAUGUUCAGAAUACCCCCCAUAUAUGUUUUACCAUUUGCUUCAUUUCUAUGCAUGGUCAUGGGACGAAGUCUUGAGACUAUGGCCUUUUGGGCUUUUUUUUUCUUUUUUGUAUAUGAUACUCUUUGACUUCAGGAUUCAAUUGUACAUGAUUAUAUCUAAAUACCCUCGGGAUAUAAUGGAGACGAGUCUAAUAGACAGACCCCACUAUCUUUCAUGCUAACCUCUACAUUUCGGAAGACAAGUUACAGGAGUCAAGAUAACAACCUCGUGAGAUAUUGUCUUCAUUCCUCAUGAUAAGCUGUUCUAAUAAGACCAAA